CUUGAAAACUACGGAUCCCAAAAAUGGCUAGAUAUGCGCAAUAUUUGUAAACAGAGCCUUCCCGCCAUGACAAUAUGGACUUUUAACUGCAGUUCGUGUUAAUCCAGGGCAUAGGGCGGAAAGUGAAUAGACUUUCUACUGGUGGAUUUUCGAUCUAUUAUAUACUCCAGGAUCAACAAGGAAGACAAUGUGAUCCUCAGAAAAUGUGACCCGACUCCCCAGAAUCAUGGUAUGCUGUGAUCAGUUCAUUAAGUUCUCCAGGAAGCAUCUAUAACCAAAAAAAUGUUUCCAUCUAUUAAUUCCUUCAUAAGAAGAUUGAAAACCAGGUAUUGCCAUAUCCGAGAAGUAAAGAUUUCGACAUUAUGGAAACUGACAGGUUUUUUUAUUGUGACGUCACUGUUCCUAAUGCAGAAAUCCAUCAACUCAAAUACAAAACAAAUUGUGUUCACGUGGUCAAACAACGAUAUAAAGAAGGCCUUACUCAAAGAAAAGUUCAAAGAAUCAUUGUCGCCCUUGGAACCUUGUGAGGAAGACGGACAGUCUGUUUUUAUGUUGGUUAUGGUUAACAGCGAAAUUACUAAUUUCAAACACCGCAAUGCAAUACGAGAAUCAUGGGGUUCCGUGUCAAAGAUAGACAAAAGUGUUCGAUUAAUAUUCGUGAUUGGCAAAACUCAAGAUCCAAUUGUUAGAGAAAGUAUCAAUCUUGAGAAAGCUGUCUUCAACGACAUUUUAGAUACAAAUGUAACCGAAGCAUACGAUAAAUUGACUUAUAAAUCUAUAGCAAUUUUAAAAUGGGCACAUACCCAUUGUAGCAAAACGAAAUACCUUAUAAAGGUUGACGAUGACAUAUUCUUCAAUAUACGUAAGCUUAUGGUAGAACUUGAAAAAUGGAAUCCAAAAAAUUCCAUAAUUGGAUGCGAGGAGAGCAAAAAUGCACCUGUGAGAUUCUUUUUAUUCAAAUGGCACGUGACUAGAGAGCAAUACAGUGCUGACACCUAUCCUGUUUAUAUAACAGGACCCGCCUAUCUCAUCACAGGAGAUAUCAUAUCCAAAUUAUACCACGCUUCAUUUGAUAUCCCUUAUUUUUUCAUUGAAGAUAUUUUUGUAGCAGGACUUUGCAGAGAAAAAAUCGGAGCGAAAGUUGUCGGCCAUAAAGACUUUUCCUGUAGUUACCGAGACAGGGGCCCAUGUGGGGUCUCCUUUAGGGACUUCAUAGUCGGCCAUCAUUACUACCCAGAGGAAAUGGUCAGAAUGUGGCGUGAAUUGAACGACCCGUCAGCCACCUGUCGAUUUGUAGAUUAUUACUGGAUAGCAACUAUAAUUGAUUUAUUGAAAGGAUUAUUUCCAUUUUAAAGUGUUCAGAAAUAACGCAUUGCAUUUUCGCAAAUUUUCAAUUUUUGAUUGCCUGAAGAAUUUUGUUUUUAUUUUUUUCAAUUGAUUGUUGCUGGUUACCUUGAAUUUUUCUACGUUGUUUUGAAAUAUAGUUGAUUUUUAUAUCCUUGUAUGGAUAGCUCUGUGUUGGAACGUAACUGAAUUCAAUUGCGAAAAUGAAAUGCAUCGCUUUGCACAAUUGCUGCAGGUUAAUUUGUAUUCGCUUAAGUAGCAUUAAUUCGGUAUUUUUUAACAUACGGUUUAUAUAGAGCAGUUGAUAUCUACGCAAGUUAAUUGAUACUGUGAUAUUAUUUCCUCUGUAUACUAGAAUUUUUCAGAAGUGGAAAGGAAUGUUUCGAGUUUUUCUGGGGGGGGUUUUUUCAGUGAAGUUAUUAUACACGGAAGUAAUUGUAUAGAAUUUCAUUAUGCUUUUAGGAAGUUAGAUUUAGAAGUAGGUUGAUAUCGUAGAUUUCAUUUAUCCUCUUAGACCAGGAAAUAGGUGUUAGAUGGGGGAGGGGGGUGUUUACAUGGAUACCAUUUACAGAUCAAUUUCAGGAACGUAGUAUUUCCGGUGACCUUCAUUUCUCGAUCACAAUAGUCAACUUAUAGGCUUGAAGUGCUCCAGUAAUGAUAUUUAACGCAUUCUACUUAAAAGUGGGAUUUAUACCAUUAAUAUUUUUCAAUUUAUAUCUUAACCAUGAUCCAACAUUUUGAUCAAGAGAAAUCAAAACUUUUACAAGCAGAUCUUACAGAUUUUCUAAGUUUGAAUAAACAUUUUCUAAUUUUUACCCGGAAAAGGAAAUUCCCAAUGCAUAACAUAAGCAAACACUCCAGUAACAUGAGUGAUCAAUUUAUUAAUGGCAUCGUGAAACUGUUCGCGGCGGGGAUGAAAAAAAAAACUGUCAAGAGGGGGGGGGGGUAACUCAUAAUACUGCUACGUUAAUUAAAUGGAAUACUCGCUGCUUAGAUCAAUGUAACUUAAUGCACCCAGGAACAAGAAAUCCAUAUGCUUACAUGGGAACCCACAUUUUUUUCUGAAUUAAAUAUAGAUGGGAAAAAAAUGAUAAGAUACACAAUCAAUUUUUUAGUUUUGCAUGUUGGGAUCGUUUUACUUGAAUAACAAUACGAUGCAAUACGAACUUUUAAUAUUGAACAUUUCUGGUACAUAAUGUUGACAGUUUUAUCCUUCCCCUUCCAAGAUCUUGUUAAAAUCUUCCAAACACAGGCACGUAGGAAGCAAUUUCAGUUGGGGGGGGGGGCACAGCCAAACAUUUUCUGUUGGGGGUACUAUCAACUACCAAAAUUCCUUGACAAGCAAAAAAAAAAAGUCAUCAGCCAUUUUUAUUGAGGGGGCACAAGCAUAUAGUAGCUAAGUUUUCUAUAGUAUUCUAUAUAUUGGCAAAAUUAUUGGGGGAAGACACGGGCCCCCCAUGCCCCCCCCCCCCCGGUUCCUACGGCCAUGAAACAAGUAAUUAUAUUUAUCUUCUUUAUUUUUCUAAGAUUCAGUUGCGGAUCUUAAUUCUUGAAUCCUUGAUGGGAAAUGAUAGUUGUUCGAAUCCUUGAUGGAAAUGGAUUGUUGUCCAAAUCCUUGAUGGGAAUGGAAUGUUGUUCAUAACGUAAAGGCGUAUCUUGAUCCUGACUCAAGGUCAUGACUUUGACUCAAUAUAAUGGCUCAAAAGCAAAUGAUUCUGGACAAUUUCUGUUGGAGUUAUGAUUCAAAUCCUUUUAAAUCCAAAACGGAACCCCCGAUUGAAAUAUAUCAAAUCACUCGUUUAUAGACAAUUUAGUGUUAGUAAUGGCCUAACAAUUAGCAUGAAAAACGUUAGUCAGCACUCAAUGAUAAAUUGUAUUUGCUGACGAGGUCAUUGUAUCGACCAUAGAACUUACGAAAUGAUGACUUUAAACGAGACUGUUGAUAUUCUUGUUUCAUCAGCUUGUUUGUCAAUAACUUACCUCGUUUUAGAUAUUGUUCAUACGUGGAGCAUGCUCUUCCGUAUCGAAUCAGCUGAGAGACAUAAACCCCGUAUGCAGGUGAUAAUGGUAUAUUGCUGCAUAAGUAAGGGAAGUUGACGAUUGAAAAGUUAAAGUCAUCUCGUUUAUCAUAAAGCUUAGUUGUUAGGUUACCAUUAACGUCUUUUUCUAAUAAAAUAUCCAAAUAUGAAACAGAUGUGUCAGACUCUGUUGUAUCUUUUAUUUCAAGCUCAGUGGGAUAUAUCUAAAAUGUUAAAUGUUGUUUUUUGCUUACAAUAGACAGACAACUAUGCCAAAACCAAUAUGUCUUCACUUGUUGGGAAGAGAUACAAUAAGCUUUACCCCCCCCCCCCCGCCCCCUCCCGAAAAGAGUUUAAUUUGUGUGUGAAAUACUGUAAGUUAAUUAGAUUGUAAGUUUGUUAGUGAUUGCAACACUAUAAGCUAAUUAUAUUAUUAGAUUGUGUGUGAGUGCAAUAUUUUAAGUUAUUUACUUGUAUAUUGUAAGUUUGUGAGUGCAAUACUUCAGUAAGUUAUGUCUUGGGUAUGUAUGUGAGUGCAGUACUGUAAGUUAGUUAUGUUGUGAGUCGGUGUUUAAGUGGGAUAUUGAAAAUUAAUAAUAUUGUAAGUUUGUGUUUCAGUGAAAUACUGUAAGUUAAUUACAUAUGCUAUGAGUAAGUGCGUGGGCACAGAAAUGCUAUUGUGUGUAAGUUUGUAUGUACUAUGUAAUUUAAACUGCAAGUUAAUUACGUUGUAAGUUUGAGUGCGUGAGAGCGAUGGUAUAAAUUAAUGAUGUUGUAAGUUUGUAUGUGUGGAACAUGUUAUCAGGGAAUUAUGGUGUAAGUUUGUGUUUGUACAAUGUAAGUUAUGUUGUGUGUGCGUGUGUGUGAUGGUGUGUGUGUGUGCAAUACUGUGAGUUAUGGGGUAAGAUAGUUGCUCUUUUGCAUUAAAUGCAAAGAGUAUGCUUUAUAGAGAGGUAGUGUGUAUUUAUUAUUAACAAUAAUAUAAACUUUUCUGAGUGAUUUUUAAUACAAUUUCAUUGUUUUGAAGAACAAGGAUAGUUCCUUUUGUAUGUAGGACUUAUGCAAUUUGACGUGGUAUUUACAUGUAUUUUGUCACAAAUAUUUUCUUAA